ACGAUGUAUAGGCUGUCACGUGGAAUGCGAUCAGUAUAGCGCAGUUUUUUUCCCCUGGAAUAUGUUUACAGCGCAUGUCUUUCUAUUUACAUAUUGCACUUGGUUAUUAUGUAGCGGCUACAUUUAAUCUGCGCUGUGAAAAUGGAAACCCACAUGUCUCGGAGUGUAUCAAUCAUUUCCGAGCAUGACCGCAUUGCUGCAGUCUGCUGGUUAUCCCAUCGCAUUCAUCCCCCCACUUGCUGGUGCGCCUAGGAAAAGGUAAUUUUUAAUUUAUCCAUCAACACUGUAAAAGAAUGACGUCAGAACCUCUGGUGCACUGGAUCUGAUCUGAUUGGUGAAAUAGAAGGGGUCAGUCAUUUCCCCGUUUUUAACAAAAGGAACACAGUGUUCGUACUGGAAACAGAAUCAAUCUCGUCUCAUCUCUUUUUUGCGCAAGGUCCAAGUUUCAAAGACCAAUACCUCUUGCUUUCUUAAACUUUGGGAGAUGACGAACAUACUGGCUUUGUUCUUUUAAAGUAAUAUAAAAAGUAUGUCAUUUAAAAUAAAAAAAAAAAAAAAAAAAAACAUAUCUCAACUUUGUUUAAAUAUGAAUUCAAACUGUAAACUUUGUUUUGAAUAAAAACACAUAAUAAACUCAGCCUCACCGUAAGGAAAAGGGUGUAGCAUUGUAUCCGUACGCAGUGAUAUAUCAAUUGGGAAACAUGCUUCAAUAGUUUCCUUAACUUUGCAAUCCAUUCACAACACAGUGAAUAUUUAUCAAACGUUAUCGCUCCAUUCUCGUGGGAGACAGCAGCGCCGAAGCUGAGGCGCUUUCAAGCGCAGAGCCGGCUCCGAUUGCACAGCAAAUACAGCGGAAAUUAGGGGAAUAAAAAUAAACAAAAGCUAAACAUGAUCACUGGUCCUAGCGCAUAUAUCGCCCUUGCCGAGUGAGAUAAACCGGAAAAAUAAACGGGGAGCGAGACAUUGAGCCUGGUGUAUCAGCGGCUGAUCAGCGCUCUUAAAAACCUGCAGACGGUUCGAAUUGGAAGCUGCCUGAUUGGGGUUCGUGCAACUGCGUGGAUACAUCACUGCGAGUUCACACUGAAGCCAGCACUGGGGUUAGUGCAACUGCGUGGAUACAUCACUGCGAGUUCACACUGAAGCCAGCACUGGGGUUAGUGCAACUGCGUGGAUACAUCACUGCGAGUUCACACUGAAGCCAGCACUGGGGUUAGUGCAACUGCGUGGAUACAUCACUGCGAGUUCACACUGAAGCCAGCAUUGGAGUUAGUGCAACUGCGUGGAUACAUCACUACGAGUUUAGACUGAAGCCAGCAUUGGUUGGCAAGGCACUGUAGUUUGGAGAGCUCCUGGAUUCUUACAAUAUAUUUAUUAUUUACCUUGCAGUGUUACUUCUUGGUAGAGUCGCUGACGCACUACAUCAUUUAAGCACUGCUUUUGACUGUAAUGCUUUUUUGUUGAUCGAUCUUUUGGUCUGGAUUAUAUCUUUAGGUUUUGAAUGGAAAACGCGCUUGCCGGGUUAUUUUUAGCGAAUCAGUUGCUUCUUAAAAUUCAAUGGAUCUGAACUGGGAUUGCUCGGAUCGUUCUGGGUCGUCACACUUCUAAUUCCCUUUGGGAGCUACACAACUUCAAAUAAAUAUACCUUUAUUAAACAAAACGAAACGAAAAGGGAAGCGCUGCGAAAUGAUGUUUGUAAGUUUCUACUUCGCGUUGUCUUUGCUGGAUGUAGUUUUGUCGGCAGAAGUGAAUGUGGUGUCAGGUGCUAGCCGGCUGGACUGCGUUAAAGCGAGCGAGCAGUGCCUGAAGGAACAGAGCUGCAGCACCAAGUACCGCACGCUGAGGCAGUGCGCUGCGGGCAAAGAAAGCAAUUUCAGCAUGGCUUAUUCUGGACAGGAGGCGAAGGACGAGUGCAGGAUUGCCAUGGAUGCCCUCAAGCAGAGCCCAUUGUUCAACUGCAGAUGUAAAAGGGCUAUGAAGAAAGAAAAAAACUGCCUGCGCAUAUUCUGGAGCAUUUACCAAAGUUUACAGGGGAAUGAUUUGCUGGAGGAAUCUCCGUAUGAAGCAGUGAACAACAGACUCUCUGACAUAUUCCGACUUGCUCCCAUCAUUUCAGGGGAGCCUGCAGUCACAAGAGAGAACAACUGCUUGAAUGCUGCUAAAGCCUGCAACCUGAACGACACCUGCAAAAAAUACAGAUCGGCUUACAUAAACCCGUGCACCUCUCGCGUCUCCAUUGCUGAAGUCUGCAACAAGCGCAAGUGCCACAAGGCCCUUCGGCAGUUUUUCGACAAAGUGCCUCCCAAACACAGCUAUGGGAUGCUCUUCUGCUCCUGCCCUCUGGCUGAUCAAUUAGCCUGCACAGAGAGACGGCGGCAGACCAUUGUUCCGGUGUGUUCGUAUGAGGACAAGGAAAAACCAAACUGCUUGUCUUUGCAAGUGUCGUGCAAGACGAAUUACAUCUGCAGGUCUAGGCUUGCAGAUUUCUUCUCAAGCUGUCAGCCUGAGCCCCUCUCCAUGAGUGGCUGUCUAAAGGAGAACUACGCAGACUGCCUGCUCGCCUACUCAGGGCUUAUUGGCACAGUCGUGACUCCAAACUAUCUUAAAUCCAGCAGCAUCAGUGUUUCCCCGUGGUGCGAUUGCAGUGCCAGCGGGAACAACAAGGAAGAGUGUGACAAGUUUGUAAACUUCUUCAAGGAUAACGCAUGCCUUAGGCAUUCAAUUCAGGCAUUUGGUAAUGGCACGGAUGUGAAUGUAUGGCAGUCCAGGUCUCCUGUGCACACCACAGCUUCCACAAGCACUCCGUCCCACAAGGCCCGAGAGAGAGCUCAAUCCCCUGUGGAUGAGCAGAACCACAUCAAUGAGAUCAGCACCGCUGAGGAAGCCAACCUCUAUCCUAUCUGUGCAAAUUUACAGGCUCAGAAAAUGAAGUCCAAUGUAACAGUGGAGGAGACAGUCCAGUGUGAGGUUGUCCGGAAUGGUGAAGCCAGUUCUUCGGAUCACGUCAUGUCAAAGAAUUCUUCCAGGGCGUCCACACCGUUCAAUUUGAGUUGCAUUCUGCUGAUUCUCAGUGCCAUGGUGCACUCUGCCUUCCUGGCUUUCGACUCAGCAGAAACAUUAUAACCACA